AUGGGCCACGGGGCUCAGGCCGCCGACCCUGGAGCCCUGACCAGUGAACACAGCUGCCUGUCCUUUACCCUUGUGUCCAUCCAGGAGCGGCCUUCUGCCAGGUUGCUGUGUCUAGGAGCUAAUGAAGACCAGGAACAACAGCAUGGUGGGAAUGAAAUAGUCCCGAAGGCUGAAGAGGAAGGAGGAAAGAAAGGGCUUGUACAGAGCGAGCUUGCUCAGGGUGAGCUUGAUCAGGGCGAACUUGCUCUGGGCGAACUUGCCCCAAGCAAGCCUGCUCAAGAAGAGCUUGCUCAGUCCGGUCUUACUCAGGAAGCCACAGGAGUGGUAGAGGAGGGAGAAAACGAAGAAGAAGAAAUGGAAGGAGGACAAGCUGGAGAUGGUAGUUCUGGCGCCAUGGACAAGGGGAUCCAGGCAGAAGGUGGUCAUGGCAGCAGUAUUGAACAGCAGCCUCAGCAAGAGGCGGCAAUGCCUGAGGGCACCAACAGUCUCCAGGCUGGUGACAACCUGUCUUUCCGGAGACGCACCAGAUUCACCCAGUCUCAGCUGCAGGACCUGGAGCGUCUUUUCGAAGAGACUCGCUUCCCCAGCUUUCAAGUAAGGAAGGAUCUUGCAAUAUCAAUGGGUGUGCCGGAAGCAGAUGUGCAGGAUUGGUUUAGGGCCAGGAGAGCCAUUUUCAGAAGCAAUAGAAAGGUGGUGCUGAUUGAUGCACCACCUGGUCCCCACAACAACGAUUCCUGAAGAUUUUGGAGCAGCUCAUGUGUGGCCUCUUUCCAAAGCCAGAUGACCUGGAACCUGGCCCUGCCCCCAAUGUCUCGGCCGCCUGUGCUGGUCAUGACAACCUUUUCUUCCCUGCAAU